AUGUCUGUCAUUACAUUAACAAAAGAGUCUCACAAGAACCCAGAAAAGUUUAGAAUUAAACAUCAGGAUGAGGUGGAGAUAUUAGGUCCACAUCGUAAAGACCGUUUUGCCAUCAAUGAAGACUUGCCAACCAUAACCACCACUUCUAAAAUUGCCAUUCUCGGAGCCGGUUUUGGAGGUAUGGCAAGUGCAAUCAAGACAAUGCAAAAAUACAAUGAGCAAGAUAUUAAAAUUUUUGAAAGACAUGACAACUUUGGUGGUACUUGGUAUGCCAACACUUACCCAGGAUGUGCCAGUGAUAUUCCCGCUUUAUGGUAUUCAUUUUCGUUUGCAUUGACAUCCAACUGGAGUAGAGUUCAACCACCACAGUAUGAGAUGGAAGAAUACAUUUUACGAGUUGCCGAACAAUUCAAAUUAAGAGAGAAAACUAGAUUUCAAACUGAAAUCAACAAGUUUGAGUGGGAUGAUGUGAAUGGUGAGUGGACCUUGUAUGCACAUGAUGUUAAAACUGGUCAAAGAAUCCUCCACAAAAGUAAGCUUUUACUUGCCUGUCAAGGUGGGUUAGUUCAUCCUUUGCAAUUACAAGCCGAAGGAUUGGAAAACUUCAAAGGGGCAUACAUGCACUCGGCUCUUUGGGAUCAUUCUGUUGACUUCAAAGGGAAAAAAGUCAUUGUGAUUGGUAAUGGGUGUAGUGCUAAUCAAACUGUUCCUGCGUUACUCAACAACCCUGAUUACAGUGUCGGUUCGUUGACUCAGAUUUCAAGAUCCAAGCAUUACAUUUUGAAACCCCUCCCUAGAAUACUUUACAUACUUUACCGUUUAUUGUCAUUCAACUUUAUUGCAUUAUACUUUGUUCGUUUAAUUGUUGUUUUUGGUGCUGAAAUGAGGGUACCAUUGUUCAAAGGUGAUGGGUUUAUCUCCAAAAUUGUUCGUUGGAUAAACACAACUGCUUCCGUUAGCUAUAUGAAAGGUAAUGCUCCUGAGAAAUUCCAUGAUAUGAUUAUUCCUAAUUACAAAAUUGGAUGUAAAAGAUUAAUUUUUGACUAUAAUUAUAUUCCAUCGUUAAAUGACCCAAGAGUUGACAUCAAGAAUCAAGGAAUUGAUAGAGUUGUUGAAAAUGGAAUAUUAUUGAAAAAUGGAGAACACAUUGAAGCUGAUAUUAUUGUUGCAUGUACUGGGUAUAAUUUGAGCAAAAGUUACUUUAAUUUUGAAAUUGUUGGUCGUAAUGGAGCAAAUAUCUCUGAAGAAUGGAAGAAAGAUGGUCCAAGUGCUUAUAGAACGCUUUUAGUCAAACAAAGUCCUAAUCUUUGGACAAUUGGGGGUACCAAUUCAGCUACUGGACAUGCAUCUGUUGUCAUGGCAAUUGAGAAUGGUGUUGAUUAUUUCCUCAAGACUGCCAAACCAAUCAUUGAAGGAAAAGCUAAAUCAGUUAGAGUUACCGACGAAGCUUACGACAACUGGCUUACAACUAUUCAAAAAGAAUUGAAAAAAUCUGUCUUUGGUACUCCAUUCGGAGGUUGUGUUUCCUGGUAUUCUGAUGCAAAGGUCAAUUCAACUGUCUACCCUUGGAGUCAAUUUCAUUAUUGGUGGAUUACACAUUUCCCAAAUUAUAAAGAUUUAGUAUAUGAGCCAUUAAACGAAGACAAAAAGAGGAGAUGA